CGGCCGGGCACUGUCUUGAGUCGAACCAACGUGGACAGCUUGCUGCGGCAACUGCUUCAACGGCGCAUUGCCUUCGGUGACGCCGGCGAUGAGCGCCAAGACGGUCCUGCUCGUGCCCUUUUCGAUCGAGAUGAGUGCGCGCUGGGACCUCGCGGCGGUUGUGCGCACCGGACCCGACAUGGCCGACAUCCAUAUUUUUGGGCCGCGCCGCAACCACGGCCAAGAGGUCGUGACCAAGAUGGAGGCGUUCGCUCGCGUGCUUCUGGGCCCGUGCCGUCUCCGCCAGACGCACAUGCCGCUCACACGACGCGUGCCGGCGCCCGAGCACUACGCUGCCUACAUGGCAUCGAACCUCCAAGCCUUCUUGCGCGCGUGUCGGGCACACACCAGCGACAACGGCGUCCUCCACGUGGGCUGGAUGCACGACUUUGCGCCAGCGUGCGACUACGACAACGUCAUGGCCAUGCACGCAUUAGCACGCGCGCACCAGGUGCCAAGCCUGUUUGCCGAAUGGACUCGUAUCGGCUGCACGACGCAAGCUGCCCCACCGGCGAAAGCGCGCCAAGAGCUCUCGGCCUGUAGCAGCCCAGCGUCGGUCGAGGAAGCUGGACCCAGCGCCUCAAAGCGCAAGGUCAACAGCGAAGACUCGCCGUCCAAGACAACGUAAAAGAAGGCCAAGCAGGAGUACAUGUAGCAGGGUGUCAACUCGAGUUGAGUAGCACGCUGCUCAUUAUAUUAAUGCACAAUUUUGCUUGCGA